GGUGAGGAAACACUCCUCGCUCGCACAGCAACCUGCUCCCUGCUCCGCCGCCAGGCUGCUGGCCGCUGGGAGCUGGAGGGACGGAGACCUGGCGCGCUACCCUGAGCGGUCCAGGCCGGCAGCGACCGAACUCGAACCACGCAGAUCUUCAGUCCCUAAGUUCACAGGCGUCCGAAGAGGAGUCCGGGCUCAAGCAGGAGGCAGAUAGCACCGGGGCUCCGGCGGGGCGGCGCGGAGCACGCACGGCCCCGCUAGGGUUAAGUCUUGCCGGCUCCCUGCUGCCCGGCUGUCGGCCAGCUGCCUUCAGGGAGAGGCCGGAGCCACUACCAGGGACCCGGAGGGACGCCGCCAGCUGGGGCUGCACCUACAACAGACCCCCCUCCCUGCCCCAUCACUGCUUCGAGGAGGAGCAGAAAGUGGGGGCUGCGGGUGGGAAGCCCCUGCCAGCUCAGCACCCGGGUGCCUGGGGAGCCAGAGGGGCAGCGGGACACCGAGAUGGCCGAUGAUGUUGACUGGCUGGACUUGCCGGGCCGGUGGACCUAUGGAGUUGACCACGGUGGGCGAGUCUUCUUCAUCAAUGAUGAGGAAAAGUCAACCAGUUGGGUGCACCCUGGUACGAAAUCACCCAUCCAGAGUGGACACUGCUCCAGCCCAGAUCUGCCCACGGGCUGGGAGAUGGAUUCCACCCAGGAAGGAGCUGUGUAUUUCAUCAACCACAAUGAAAGACGGAACACAUUUCUACACCCAGUGACCGGCCAGGUCCCAGAGGAAAACAAAAAAUUUGACUUGAAAACAUCGGCUUUGGACAUGUCCAAUAAAGCAGGUGGGAAACGCCCGGCUACCACCAACAGUGACGUAUCCAACCACAACAUGGUGUCUGAGGUCCCUCCAGAGAGGCCCAGCGUCCGGGCCACCCGGACAUCCCGCAAGGCCAUUGCCUUUGGCAAACGCUCACACUCCAUGAAGCGAAACCCCAAUGCCCCUGUCACCAAGGCGGGCUGGCUCUUCAAACAGGCCAGCUCUGGCGUCAAGCAGUGGAACAAGCGCUGGUUCGUCCUGGUGGAUCGCUGCCUCUUCUACUAUAAAGAUGAGAAGGAGGAGAGCGUCCUGGGCAGCAUCCCCCUCCUGAGCUUCCGGGUGGCCGCCGUGCAGCCCUCAGACAACAUCAGCCGAAAACACACCUUUAAGGCUGAGCAUGCUGGGGUUCGCACCUACUUCUUCAGUGCUGAGAGCCCUGAGGAGCAGGAGGCCUGGAUCCAGGCCAUGGGGGAGGCAGCCCGAGUGCAGAUCCCCCCAGCCCAGAAGUCCGUGCCCCAAGCUGUGCGUCACAACCAGGAGAAGCCAGACUCAGAAAACAUCCCACCCAGCAAACACCUCCACCAGCCACCUCACAACAGCCUCCCCAAGCCUGAGCCGGAGGCCAAGACUCGAGGGGAGGGGGAUGGCCGAGGCUGUGAGAAGGCAGAGAGGAGGCCUGAGAGGCCCGAAGUCCAGGGUGAGCCUCUGGUGAAAGUCAAUGGCAUCCAGGCUGGACUGGAACCAGCCUCAGAACCAGGCAGCCCUUACCCUGAGGGCCCAAGGGUCCCAGGGGGCAGGGAGCGGCCCACCCAGCCCAACGGCUGGCAGUAUAGCUCCCCAAGCCGACCAGGGAGCACAGCUUUCCCGCCUCAGGACUCGGAGAGUGGGGGACACCGGCCAAGCUUCACCCCACACGCGAACCCUGACAAGAUUGCCCAGCGCAAGAGCUCCAUGAACCAGCUUCAGCAGUGGGUGAACCUGCGUCGGGGGGUGCUCCCACCUGAAGACCUUCGGAGUCCCUCUAGGUUCUACCCCAUGUCCCGCAGGGCCCCCGAGUAUUAUGGCCCCUACUCCUCCCAGUACCCCGACGAUUACCAGUACUACCCACCAGGCGUGCGGCCGGACAGCAUCUGCUCCAUGCCUGCCUAUGACCGGAUCAGCCCUCCCUGGGCCCUGGAGGACAAGCGCCACUCCUUCCGCAACGGGUGCGGGUGGAAGGAGCCUGCCAGCUAUGGACGGCAGGACGGCACCGUCUGGAUCCCCAGCCCCUCCCGGCAGCUGGUCUAUUUCGAUGAGUUGGAUGCCGCCUCUGGCUCCCUGCGCCGCCUGUCCUUGCGGUCCCACUCUGUGCCCCGCUCGCCCAGCCAGGGCUCCUACAGCCGCACCCGCAUUUACUCCCCGGUCCGCUCACCCAGUGCCCGUUUUGAGCGGCUGCCACCUCGCAGUGAGGACAUCUAUGCUGACCCCACUGCCUACGUGAUGAGGCGAUCCAUCAGCUCUCCCAAGGUCCCUCCGUACCCAGAAGUGUUCCGGGACAGCCUCCACACCUACAAGUUAAACGAGCAAGAUACAGAUAAGUUGCUGGGCAAAUUGUGUGAGCAGAACAAGGUGGUGAGGGAGCAGGACCGGCUGGUGCAGCAGCUCCGUGCUGAGAAGGAGAGCCUGGAAAGCGCUUUGAUGGGGACCCACCAGGAGCUGGAGAUGUUUGGAAGCCAGCCCGCCUACCCAGAGAAGCUGCUGCACAAGAAGGAGUCGCUGCAGAACCAGCUCAUCCACAUACGGGUGGAGCUCUCUCAGGCCACAACGGCCCUGACCAACAGCACUGUGGAGUAUGAGAGCCUUGAGUCGGAGGUCUCUGCCCUGCAUGACGACCUCUGGGAACAGCUCAAUUUGGACGUCCAGAAUGAGGUGCUCAACCGGCAGAUCCAGAAGGAGAUCUGGAGGAUCCAGGACGUGAUGGAGGGGCUCAGGAAGAAUAAUCCGUCUCGGGGCACAGAUACGGCCAAGCACAGAGGAGGACUUGGCCCCUCGGCCACCUACAGCUCCAACAGCCCUGCCAGCCCUCUCAGCUCCGCCAGCCUCACCAGCCCCCUGAGCCCCUUUUCACUGGUGUCUGGCUCUCAAGGGUCCCCCACCAAGUCUGGGUCCAAUGAGCCCAAGGCAAGCUAUGAGCCAAGCAAAAAAGAGCCCCGCCAGACAUCACCCCUGGACACCUCUAGAGACAUCAGCCUUGUGCCCACCAGGCAAGAGGUGGAGGUCGAGAAGCAGGCAGCUCUCAACAAAGUUGGCAUUGUGCCCCCACGGACGAAGUCGCCCACUGAUGAAGACGUGACCCCGGCAACGGUGGUGAGGAGGAAUGCUAAUAGGCUCACCAAUGGUCUCUCUGCCCAGGAGCGCCCCAAGAGUGCUGUGUUCCCCGGUGAGGGCAAGGUCAAGAUGAGCGUGGAGGAGCAGAUUGACCGCAUGCGACGGCACCAGAGUGGCUCCAUGAAGGAGAAGCGGAGAAGCCUGCAGCUCCCGGCCAGCCCGGCCCCCGACCCCAGCCCCCGGCCGGCCUACAAAGUGGUGCGCCGUCACCGCAGCAUACAUGAAGUGGACAUCUCCAACCUGGAGGCGGCUCUGCGGGCUGAAGAGCCUGGUGGGCAGGCCUACGAGACACCCAGGGAGGAAAUCGCCCGACUUCGCAAGAUGGAGCUGGAGCCCCAACACUAUGACGUGGACAUCAACAAGGAGCUCUCCACCCCAGACAAAGUCCUCAUCCCUGAGCGGUACAUUGACCUGGAGCCUGACACUCCCCUGAGUCCUGAGGAGUUGAAGGAGAAGCAGAAGAAAGUGGAGAGGAUCAAGACACUCAUUGCCAAGUCCAGUAUGCAGAACGUGGUGCCUGUCGGCGAGGGGGACCUUGUGGACGUACCCCAGGACUCAGAGAGCCAGCUGCAGGAGCAGGAGAAGCGGAUUGAAAUCUCCUGUGCCCUGGCGACCGAGGCCUCCCGCAGGGGCCGCAUGCUGUCUGUGCAAUGUGCCACCCCAAGCCCUCCCACCUCCCCUGCUUCCCCGACUUCACCAGCCAACCCCCUGUCGUCUGAAUCCCCACGGGGCGCCGACAGCAGCCAUACCAUGCGGGUCUGAGCUCUGACCGCAAGCCCUGGCUGCCGCCAACGCUGUGAAGCUCCCCAGAGCCACCAGCUAAAGCCCUCCUCUGCCCUCCUGCAGUCCUGGCCCCACCCCGGCCCCAGGCCCCGUGCACCAUGGGAAGACUGCCAGCUGCCAGGCUGGGGGCCAGGGCUGCUGCCAAGAGGAGCCCGGGUGCUUCGGUGUCCACACACCCGCCACACCUGGCCCCGAAGCCCUCACUGCUCAGAUGGUGGUCCUCAGCCAGGGCCUGAGAUGGUGGGGACGGGAGCAUCCUUCUGAUGCCCAAGUCACAGGGAGCCUGGGCCUGACUCUCUCUGGCUGGGGUUGUGAUGGCCCUACUGGAACAUUCCUUGAUGAAGAAGACGCCCUGGUGGGAAAGAUGCUCUGGGCUGCCUUAGGUUAGGACUAGAGGUGAAGAGAAGAUGAACACUCUGCUCUUCCGGCCCUUCUUGACUCGAAGGACAGCACCUGCCAUCUUCCUCGUCCCCCAUCGGCCCCACGCACUGCCCCAGCUGUACCCAAGGCUUUGACACAUCUCUGCUUAUGGGUGCCCCUUUGCAGUCCAGUGGACACUGACCACCCUGCUUGAGCCAAAGACAAGGUGCCGAGAGACGGGGGAGACUCCCGGGCCCCCAGAGGGGUGGUGCAGGCUGGGAAGGAGAGCAGCAGGUCUGUGCAGAGUCUGGCGGAGGUUGGGAGGGGAGAGAGGAAGGCAGAGGUCCUAGGAAAGGGAGGGAAAGAAGCAGCAGGACUCAUUCGCAAGUAAGAGGACAGAGAUGGAGGGGGGAUGGGAAUGGUUUUCUGAGGUGAGCCUUAGCGCGGUGCCCAGGACAGUGCCAGAUUGUCAGCUUAGCACUGCCCGCCCCAUCCCCAGGGUCAGUGGUCUGCUGAUGCCAGGGCCCCAGGAGGCCUCACCAGUGAGUGCUCGGCUGCCUUCAGCUGAAGCACUGGGCACGGGGGGCAUUGUGGGCUGGGAGUGAGCGGGCUGUGUAGGGCAGCCUGGGACGUAGGUGGCCCUUUGUAGGUCUGGGCCCGGCGUGUGCCUCCCCUCCUUUGGGAACAGAGAGAAGGACCUGUCUUACGCAGGGUGUGGUCAGCUUUGGAACCUUUCCUAACCACUUUUUUGUGACCUUUCUGGAAUGUGCUGUGGGCCAGCUGAGAGCAUGCUCAGGGAGAGGGGAUGCAGUCUGGGCCUCGGAGGCCAGGUGCUAGGCCUCACAUCCCCGGCGUCCCAGGCGAAGGCCAGCUGAGGCUGUACCAGAGAUCCCCUUCUAGGUUGACCCUUUCGGGAUCUGCCCGCCAGGGAGACC